AUGAUUGCUCAUCAAGUUUGUAAGAAUCUCGAGACACUCUUUCAUGACAAAAAAGACGCCAAAGUCGUGCAGCUCGACAAUGAACUAUGUAAAACUACUAUUGGUGAUUCAAAAAUCAUAGAAUAUUACACUCGGAUCAAGACGGUUGAUGACUUGAUUGAUAAUAUUGAUGUUGCAGUCCCAAAAAAGAACAUUGUCAUGUACACCAUCAUUGGAUUGUCUUUCAAGAUCGAUUAUAUUGCCAAUUUAAUAUGUCAUCGUGUGCAUGUUCGUAUCUUCAUGAAGACAAUAUCCAUGCUUCUCCUUGAAGAACAGUGCAUAGGUCAAAAUCACACUCGUACUGUAAAAGCCUCAAACAUGGAAAACUCAUCAUAUCCUAUGAUCAUAGAACACUCAAAUAUGAUCACAGAACACUCAAAUAGUAUUAAUCUAAGCAACAACAUUCAAGGUGGUUAUAAUUGUGGAGGUCGUGGUGGGAGAUGCCACGAUCGAACAUCUGAACACGGUGACAAUUGUGAUACUGUCAACACACAACAAUAG